AUGGGUCUUGGUGGUAGUAGUUUGAAUAUUCCUGGUGGUGGUUCCGAAGGCUUUCAUGUUCUACGCGUUCAAGAGGGUUCACCGGGACAUAAGGCUGGAUUAGAACCGUAUUUUGAUUUUAUUGUCACUAUAAAUGAUAUUCGACUAAAUGCUGAUGAUGAUAAACUGAAAGAAGCUCUGAAACAGAAUGUUAAUAAAUCAGUCGAAUUGCUUGUAUACAAUAGUAAAACUCAAACAGUUCGACAAGUACCGUUAACUCCUCAUGAAAACUGGGGUGGACAGGGUUUGCUUGGUUUGAGCAUCCGUUUCUCUUCGUUUGAAAAAGCAAAUGAAAAUGUUUGGCAUAUACUCGAUGUUCAACCUCACUCACCGGCUGCUCUCGCUGGUUUACGUUCAAAUUCCGAUUAUAUUAUUGGAGCGGACACUUUAUUGAACGAUUCGGAAGACUUCUAUGCAUUGAUCGAAUCAAAUCAAGGCAAGACAUUGAAGUUGUACGUUUACAAUAGUGAUAGCGAUUCAACACGUGAAAUAAAUCUAACACCAAAUAUUGGCUGGGGUGGCGAAGGUAGUCUUGGCUGUGGCAUUGGCUACGGAUAUCUACAUAGAAUACCUAUUCGAACGACGAAUUCAUCACCAAUAACAAAGUCGAAUCCGUUGGUUACGAACAAUGAUAAAGCGCCAUCGCUUUCAACGAUUCCACCACCGAAUGUGAAUGGAACAACGAAUAUGAGCUUUACGUUACAACCAGCAAAUAUGCCACCACUGACAGUCACUAUGCCAAGCAUACUUGUACCACCACAAGUGAAUUCGACUGUUCCGACAGCUGCAGUAUCAAACAAUGAAACAGAAGUGACAAGUAAUGCUACACCGCAGUCAGUGCCAGCCAGUAAUUCCAAUCAAUUAUCGAAAGCUUUUACUGAUAUGACGCUCAAUACAUCAAUGAACAUACCACCGUUCUAUACACCUUCAAAUCCUUCGGCAUUACCGCCAAAUUUUAACAAUAUUCAACAUCCACCCGUUUCAUUUCCAUCAUUUCAACAACAACCACAACAACAACAAUUAACAAAUACCAUGCCCUCUUUUCAACCACCACCACCACCAGCAACAAUCCCUCCCUUCAAUUUCAAUAUGCCAAAUUCUCAACAAUCAUAUUACCAACCCGUUCCUCCUUCUCAACCGCCGUUUCAAUUCAAUCCCUCUCCAGUCAAUAACUUUCCCUUACCACAAUAUACCAAUAUUAACCAUGGUCAUUCGCAUGAAUGUGCCGGCACUGGCCAUGGUCAUAGUCAUUAG